GCAAGGGACACCGAGUUACAUACACGUGUGAAAGUUAGUGUUGUGAGCUGCUCCGUGUAAAACAGCCCGUCGUCGUAACCUGCUGCUGCUCUCGCUACUGUUGUCUUUGCCCACCUUGUAUUUGUAUUCCUCUGACUAAAUAAACUUCCAUUGCCAAUAGCCAGAGUGAAACAUUACCACGUAUAAUAAUUGUCCAACGGAAAAGGGGAGAAACAGUGAUGAUUAUGAGUCGAUGCAGGAUAUUCACGCUUGUGUUAAUAUCCACCAUGUUAUUAAUUGGCAGGUACCAGACCCUCUUCCUACAGCAACCCCACGACAUCCCUCCGCUUCUUAAAGCACACCAAAUACGGGGAGGAGGGAAGGGUGAGCAUACUGAGGUACAGGAUACUCGGUGGGAGGCGCAGCAGCAGGAGAGGAAGGCUGCCAUGCUGAAGGGGUGUGGUAGUGAACCCUCUGAAGCCUCUCUUCUUCACGUUCUCGACCAACACCCAACUCUUGAUCACCUCUUGAUAAACGACGCCCAUCAAGCCGUCUUCUGCUACAUCGCUAAGGUUGCGAGCAAAACCUGGAGAAAAGUUUGGGCGAACACGGUGGGUGUUUCCGCCGUCCUGAAGAGGAAACACAUGCUGCAAUAUAUGGUUAACUCUCUCAUUCCCGACGAGCACCGCCAGAAGUCUGAUCUGAUACGCAAGGUGGCGAACUACACCAAGUUUCUGGUUGUGCGUCACCCGUUCCAGCGUCUGUUCUCUGCUUACAAAGACAAGAUUCAACCUCCUAAUCCAGAGCGAGAUGUAAUAAGCGUUUUGUCUUAUGUACAGAAACACCGGUUUAACGCCACUCGAAAAGAUAUUCAGUGGCAGGAGUUUGUGUCUUACAUCAUUGACGGCGGCUAUAGAGAGAAUCAGCACUGGAGGCCAUACGUAAUGCAGUGUUACCUGUGCGACAUCCAGUAUGACAUUAUUGCCAAGUAUGAGACGCUUUUUGAGGAUUCUGAGGAGAUCCUACGUAGAAUCGGAGCUCCAGAGUCCUUACACUUCCCUGACUAUUACCCCAGCAGCACCCAAACAGAGCUGAUGAGUUACAUGGGGAAGCUCACCCAGGAACAGACGGACCGCCUCUACCAGAUCUACCAGCAAGACUUUGAACUCUUUCAGUACACACACAACACUGAAUAGAUGGCCUGCUGCCUCCUACCACCACUUAAUGUCUCACCACUUCUCCCUGCCUCCCACCACCCCUUCCUGCCUCUCACCCCUCCUUCCUGCCUCCCACCACUCUUUCCUACGUCCUCCACCUACGUUACCUACAGCUACCUCGCCUCACUGCCUCCCUCUCUUACCUGAUAAUCAACACUCCUCGCCACUGCUGUAGUAUCAGAAACUUUUACACUUCCUUAUCUGUUAUGAUAAUCAUCUCUCGUAUUUAUUCAUCCCUGCACAACUUUACCUGAUAACUCAGUGUGUGAGAAGUCGCGAGUUUAAUAUUGUAAACAAUUCGAUCACGUUCAUAUCCUGACCUGUUGCACGCAUACUAACACCUUGUAUCCUGACCUGUUGCAACGCGUACUAACACCUUGUACAGGUAUCAUCAGUGUAAACAAUACUGUGGACUGAACGAUGCGUAAUAAAAUGGCACUAAUAUUGGAAAA